UCGAAUGUUUGUCGCCAUUUCAUCUAAAUUUUACCAAAUCAGUGCGCGUUUCCAACUCGUAAAGUGACAUCUAAAAUUUACCAGAGCUACGGCUCAAAGUGGUGCAUGUAAGUUCUCUGCGGAGUUCAUCACCUGGCUUUCAAGAAAAGACAACUUAACCGCCCUUAUCAUGAAGUGCUUGGCCGUGCUUGUUGUUCUCCUUGCUUCUGCCCAUCAGGCAGCAUCUUUCUUCAAUUUUCUGUCUUUAAGACAGAUCACUCAUGAUGGGCAGUCGGCGAAAUUCCCAUGCAAGAUAGUCAAUGCCACUUUUGUCGACUGCCGGAACCGGGGUCUCUUGAACAUCCCAUCUGGAAUUCCGAAAACGACCCAGAUCUUGCUGGUGUCCCACAACCGGAUCAGCAAGAUCGACACCUCUCUGACAGGACUCGUCAACCUCCGGCUCCUGAACCUGUCUCACAAUAGUGUCUCCAAGCUUGAAAGAGGCUACUUUGCAGACCAGAAGCAGUUAGAGCACCUGUAUCUAUCCAAAAACCAGAUCAAUAAGAUACCCGAAGAUGCCUUUGCUUCCUUCACUAAACUGAAGACACUGGACCUGUCUUGGCAGAACAACAACUUGAGGAGAGGCUUUCCAGAGUUCCUGAUACCAAUCAACAGGACUCUUACUACAUUGCUGCUUGAGAAGACCAUGAUCAAGACAGCAGAUUUUGGUACGCAUCUCAUUCUCAGGUCACUCAAGGUGCUCAACCUGGCUGCAAAUGGCAUCACAAGUCUUGGCAGAAAUGACUUCCAGGCCCUGGCAGGAUCGCAAUUGCAAGUACUUGACCUGUCCUACAAUUCCAUUGAAAACGUUGACACAGACACUCUCGAUCCUUUCCAUGGAGUAGGAACUUUGGAUUUGACUCAUUCGUUUGCAAAACUCCCUCCACUACCUUCCCUCUUGGCAAACGUGAGUGCAGCUGUGAGUUCAGCUGAGAUUCACAAGCUGGAUCUGCGUUCCCUCAGUCUAAAAAACUUGACCUCUUCAAUGUUUAUUGGUCUGGGAGACUCCACACUCGAAGAACUGGAUCUAUCUCUGAAUGACAUAACUGGGUUGGAUGAUGACAGCUUUGGUCCUAAUCUGGCUCAUCUGAAAGUUCUGCAGCUGUACAAUAACUCUAUAACCACCAUCAGCCUGAAUGCUCUAGCUGGGUUAACUGCUCUGGAAUCCCUGUACAUGGGAAGCAAUUCCCUGAAAGAAAUAGAGCCGGGAACUUUCAAACAUAACACACAGCUUCUGACUCUAAAUCUCAAUGACAACUUGAUUGCAUCACUGUCCCAAGGUGGUCCCUUCCAAGGACUUAUCAAUUUACAACGUCUCUAUCUGUCGAAGAACAAGAUUUCUCAGACCCUAACUGGUGACGAAUUCCAGGAUCUUGGAGACCUUACUGACCUAGACUUAAGCGGAAGCAAGUUGCUGAAGGACAGGCACAUUCGUCUUAAGAUGGACUCAUUCAAGACCCUCUCUAAAUUGACGAAGUUGAAUCUCAAGAAGGUUUGGCUUUCGAAUAUUGACAUUGUGCCUUCACCAUUUGCAGGUCUGUUGGAACUCCGCUUUUUGGAUCUGAGCAAUAACAACAUGGAUAACUUCCAUCAGGAUACCUUUAGUUCACUCGGAAGACUUGAGACAUUGUACUUGGACCAUAACCACUUCGACAACUUGUGGCACCCGCCGAAUCCUCAGGAGGAGAGUCCCAGCAUGUUUUUGAGAAAGCUGGUCUCUCUGAGAAAGCUUGACCUUUCUUUCAAUGGCUUCCAAAAUGUUCCCAUUGGUGCCUUCCAUGACUUGGGACAUCUCAAGACAUUGCAUCUGAGCAACAACAAACUCUCCGAAAUCUCGGGCAAAGCGUUGGAUGGUCUUAAGGAACUUGAGUACCUCGACCUACACAAGAACCUCAUCAACGUCGUGAACAAAACCAUGCUGACCCCAAUUCUGAAGACACUGAAGAUCUUGUACAUCUGUGGUAAUCCGUUCUCCUGCGGCUGUGAACAAGAAUGGUUUCGCGACUUCAUUGAUGAUACUCAAGUAACGAUCGGUAACCUGAGCUUGUGUCUGUGUGCUUCACCCCCGGGCAUGAGAAACAAGCCCUUGAUGAGCUUCCACCCGGAAGAUUUGAACUGCGAUCAUAAGUUACCAUUGAAGGACUGGAUCGGCAUAGGUGUUGCAAGCUUUUCGUUCCUUCUUUUGGCUUGUAUCUUGGUUGUAUACCGUUGGAAGGUGUACUACAUCUACUUAGUGGUGAGAGCAAACUACCGGCGAUCAAAGAGGCAUAAUGGCUAUGAGAAGGUGUUUGACUAUGAUGCCUUUAUCUCCUACAGUGGUGCUGAUGAAGAAUGGGUGGCGGAGAAAUUAAUACCGGAACUUGAGACGGGAGAGGAACCCUUCAGACUCUGCCACCACGGCCGCGACUUUGAGCCGGGGAAGGAGAUAGUGGACAACAUCAUCGAGUCGGUGGACAGCAGCCGCCGCACCAUUUGCGUCUUAUCCCAGAGCUACCUGGAGAGCAACUGGUGCAGCUUUGAGAGGCGUGUGACAAUGAGUAGGUUGUUCAUCAACUAUCAAGAUGCCCUGAUACUUGUCCUCUUGGAAGACCUUCCCCCAAAGAAGUUGUCCAAGUAUGAUCAUAUCCAUCGUGCCAUCAAGAAGAAGACGUACCUCAAGUGGCCAGCCAAUGCCGAUGAGAGGGCUGUUUUCUGGCAGCGCUUGAAGGAUGUCUUGAACGAAGACCGCACCCCGGAUAGAUAUGAGGUAAUUGUGUAAUGUGUGACAGUUUGUGAGGAACUGUCUGAAAAUGUAGAUCACUUGAAAUGUUCAUUUGGAAACCAAUUGUCAUAAUGAAUUGCCCUACUGUCUGAAAAACCAAAUUAAAAUGGUGGGAAUGAUUUCUCCCAUUUUCCCAACCUGAUGAAUCUGAAACAAUUUUUAAUUUGGUUCCAAGCUGCAAUGGGAAAUGGUUUCUGAAAACAAAUUAUCCAAACUUUUAGGCCAGUUGUUUUUCAUGGCGAGGGGGCACAUUUAUGCUGCAGGGGGCACAUUUAUGUCUGCAAGAGGGGCACUUGGGUGAAACUGUUGGGCAAGUGGGCCCUCCCCCCCCCCCCAGUUCCAUUAAUUGUAGUUACAUAUAUAUCAAUCUCGAUGCAGUGACUAAUUUUGUGGUCUUUGCAUGUCUUGUUAAUUUUGUACUCCAGUUGCCAACAAAAGUAUGGACUUUCAGUAAUCUAAGGAUGAUCAAAUAAUCAUAAAAAAAAUUUGACAAAAAAAAAUAGAAAAAGGUUUUUUUAGUUGCAAUAAAGAAAAAGGAAGUUUAACUUUGCUUGAAGAGAAACAAAAAUCAAAUUGGUUGAUGAGCUGAGGUAAUGCCACUUUGAAGAUCUAGUUCUCAUUACAUCCUUAAUGCCUGUUUGAAAAUUUCAUAGAAAAUUAAAAUAUUUGUAUAAGUUAAAAGGUAAUGUACUACAUUUUCAAAUAUUAAAUAACAAAACUAACUAAGGGGGACGGGUGCAAGCCAGCUUGACCUGACACUCCCUGAUGUCUAUAAAUUGCUCAGAGUUUUUUCUUGGU